AUGAUUACUCACGUACGACCGGAGAAGUUCAAAGUCUUGUCACUGACCACUAUCGCGUCUCCGCAUCGAGGCUCAUCUGUGGCGGACUACGUAUUUGAUCAAAUUGGAGCCGAUCGCCUACCCCAAAUCUAUUAUGCCCUUAAUCGAUUAAAUGUCGAGACAGGUGCAUUCGCUCAGCUAACAAGAAAAUACAUGACCGGGACUUUCAAUCCUAAUACCCCAGAUAUGGAUGAUGUCAGAUAUUUCUCCUAUGGAGCAGCAAUGGAGCCAAGUAUAUGGUCCCCCUUUCGGCUUUCACACCGAGUACUUGCGGAUAUUGAGGGACCCAAUGAUGGCCUAGUUAGCGUGUCUAGUAGCCGCUGGGGAGGCGAUGCAGGAUACAAAGGAACCCUUAUGGGCGUGAGCCAUCUGGACCUGAUCAACUGGACCAACCGGCUUAAGUGGCUAGUCGGGGAAGUAACGGGCAACAAACGAAAGUUCAACGCCAUUGCAUUUUACUUGGACAUCGCAGACAUGUUGGCAAAAGAGGGACUUUGA